AAUCCUUACAACUGAAUUAGUCAACACGAACUACUUUCCAUAACCAACAAACUUAACAAAAUUAGUUAAUUUUUAAAAAGACACUACAAUGACUCAACGAACGCAGAGAUAUAUAAGUUUGGCGGGUUCCAUGGUGCGAAGGUUUCACGUUGCCCGAUUUCCAAGAUGUAACCAAGUGGCAAUGUCGAAUUUCGACUGCAAUGCACCCUUACCCUAUGAAAAGUUAAGAGAGACUCUGGAAUGCGUGAAGAAUCGAUUAACAGGACCUCUGACGCUUUCGGAAAAGAUACUAUAUUCCCAUUUGGAUCAACCGGAUACGCAGGAAAUUGAACGUGGCAAGUCCUAUUUAAGAUUGCGUCCAGAUCGUGUGGCUUUGCAGGAUGCAACUGCUCAAAUGACACUUCUUCAAUUCAUUUCCUCGGGCCUGAAAAAGGUUGCCGUGCCAUCUACAGUUCACUGUGAUCAUCUCAUCGAGGCUCAAAUAAGUGGUGUUAAGGAUUUAGAAAGAGCAAAGGAUAUCAACAAGGAGGUGUACGAUUUUCUAGCUUCAGCGUGUGCAAAGUACAACUUGGGUUUCUGGAAACCGGGAAGUGGCAUCAUCCAUCAGAUUAUCCUAGAGAACUACGCCUUUCCGGGCUUGCUGAUGAUCGGCACCGAUUCCCACACUCCGAACGGCGGUGGUUUGGGCUGCCUUUGCGUCGGCGUCGGUGGUGCAGAUGCCGUGGAUGUGAUGGCCAAUAUUCCCUGGGAACUAAAGUGCCCCACUGUCAUUGGAUGUCAUCUGACUGGGAAGAUCAGUGGCUGGACUUCGCCGAAGGAUGUGAUCCUGAAGGUGGCUGAGAUUCUGACUGUUAAAGGAGGCACUGGUGCCAUUGUGGAGUACCAUGGACCGGGUGUCGAAUCCAUUUCAUGCACGGGAAUGGCCACCAUCACGAAUAUGGGAGCUGAAAUUGGAGCUACAACUUCUGUUUUUCCUUUCAACGAACGGAUGGUAAUUUAUUUAAAAGCCACGGGCAGGGAAAAAAUCGCCGAAGAAGCGAUGAAGUACAAGGAUCUCCUAACCGCGGACGAGGGUUGCAAAUACGACAAGGUGAUCGAGAUCAACUUGGAUACACUGGAACCCCUGGUAAACGGGCCAUUUACACCUGACUUGGCCCAUCCAAUCAGCAAACUGGGUGAGAACUCCAAGAAGAAUGGUUAUCCAAUGGACAUCAAGGUGAGUCUGAUUGGAUCCUGCACGAAUUCCUCUUACGAGGAUAUGGGAAGGUGUGCCAGCAUUGCCAACGAUGCUAUAAGCCAUGGCCUAAAGGCCUGUGUACCAUUUAAUGUUACUCCGGGAUCGGAACAAGUUCGUGCCACAAUUGCAAGGGACGGGAUCAUCGAUGUCCUGGAAAAGUUUGGUGGCACCGUGCUGGCAAAUGCCUGUGGUCCUUGCAUCGGUCAGUGGGAUCGCAAGGAUGUGAAAAUGGGUGAGAAGAACACGAUUGUCACAUCAUACAAUCGUAACUUUACCGGAAGAAACGAUGCCAAUCCAGCAACUCAUUGUUUUGUUACCAGUCCGGAAAUGGCAACCGCAUUAGCAAUUGCAGGUCGUUUGGACUUCAAUCCUCUGGCUGAUGAGCUUGAGGGAAAGGAUGGAAAAAUGUUCAAGCUGCAGGAGCCGAAAGGCGAGGAAUUGCCCGCCAAAGGUUUCGAUCCCGGUGAGGAUACCUAUCAAGCUCCACCAGAAAACGGCGACAGUAUUACAGUCAAUGUGGAUCCGAAAUCGGAACGACUGCAGUUGAUGACACCCUUUGAUAAGUGGGAUGGCCAGGAUUACGUUGACUUGGUGGUUUUGAUCAAAAUCAAGGGUAAAUGCACAACAGAUCAUAUAAGUGCUGCUGGACCUUGGCUUAAGUAUCGCGGACAUCUUGAUAACAUAUCCAAUAAUUUGUUUAUCACUGCCACAAAUGCCGAGAACAACGAAUUGAACAAGGUGAAGAACCAAAAGACGGGCAAUUAUGAUGCCGUUCCAGCGGUGGCUCGGGAUUACAAGGCCAACAAGAUGAAGUGGUGCGCGGUGGGUGAGGAGAACUUCGGCGAGGGAUCCUCCAGGGAGCACGCCGCCCUGGAACAGCGUCACUUGGGCGGAGUGGCCGUGAUUGUCAAGUCCUUUGCCAGGAUCCACGAGACCAAUCUCAAGAAACAGGGAAUGCUCGCCCUAACAUUCAGCAAUCCCAGUGAUUACGAUAAAAUCCAACCGUCGAGCAAGAUUUCUCUGUUGAACCUCAAGGAUUUGGCACCCGGUAAACCAGUGGAAGCCGAUAUCAAGAACAAUGGAAGUGGUGUCAAGAUUCAGUUGAAUCACACGUUUAAUGAGCAGCAGAUCGAGUGGUUUAAGGCCGGCAGUGCCUUGAAUUUGAUGAAGGAACUGGCCGCCAAAAAAGGCGAACAAAAAUAGUUUUCAAACAAUAUAUUAAAGAAAUUAUCCAGUUUUUUAUCGGAUGAUACUCACAAUAUUUUCCAGUUGUUAAAAUAGUAAAAAAAAUUGUGUGUCUAGGACUUAUUACCAGAAAAAUAUUUCAUUACAUGAAUUAUUCACCCUGAUGGUUCUUAUCGAAAAUAAAAGUUAACCCAUUUAUACACACUU